CAGAAGAAAGCUUUAAUAUUUACCGGACGUAUGUAAGAUAAUGGAUUAUCUAAGUUCCUGCUCCAAGUGGGUUUCGUUAACCGGUACCGGACAGGUGCAGAUGCAUCUGUUAUCUGAGAACGAUAUAGCUUCUAUCCAGAGAAAAGACGGAAGUUUCUCCACUAGGGUUUAACAGCACAGGAGAACCUAGUUUAGUUUUAAUAUGUUCAAGAUAAAACAUAUUCUCCUGAUUCUGAUCUGUAUCCUCACAACCUUUCUACUAUUCUCCUCUGUACCCCCGCCAAACUGCCCUGAACAGAUUUUAACGCGAGGAACUAAUGAGAACCAGGGGGAGAAACUAAGAUUAGGAAAAAUCCCGGAACACCAUGAAACUGAGAGCACUUCAGUGAAUAGGGAACAAUUUCGAGGGAUGAACGGACUCAAGUCUCAGUAUGAUCUUGUCAUCGUCGGAGCAGGACUCAGUGGAACUGUAAUAGCAGAGAGAGCUACCAAACUUCUCGGUUUAAAGGUUUUGAUAAUUGAUAAAAGAGAUCAUAUUGGUGGAAACUGCUAUGAUUAUAUUGAUGAGCAUGGGAUCAGAACAUCAAAGUAUGGUGUACACAUCUUCCAUACAAAGUACGACCGGGUUAAAGAGUACGUGCAGCAAUUCUCAGACUGGAUUCCCUAUGAACAUAGAGUUGUUGCUAAGGUUAAAGAUAUCUACGACAACAUCAAGUAUGUCCCUAUGCCCCCGAACCAGGAGACCGUGAAUAUGUUGUUUAACGAGAAUAUCAGCAGCAAGGAGGAUAUGGUCAAAUGGUUGAACCAGAGAAGACCAAAAAUGGCACCAGGUCAUGAGCCCCAGAACGGUGAGGAGAUGGCCCUGAGCAGGGUGGGGAAGGAACUUUAUGAACUUCUCUUUAAGCACUAUACAAAGAAACAGUGGGCUAAAUAUCCAGCUGAAUUGGAUGCCGCAGUAUUAGCUCGUCUUCCCUAUAGAGAGAACACAGAUGAUCGAUAUUUUGAUGAUCCAUGGCAACAUCUUCCCAAGAACGGAUAUACAGCUAUGUUUGAGAAUAUGCUUCUUAAAAAUGAUAAAAUUACAGUUCGGCUAAGCACAGACUAUUUCAAUGUUAAGGACGACCUGCCUGCACAUAAAUUAUUGAUAUUCACUGGUCCUAUUGAUGCAUAUUUUGCCUCUAAAGGUUUACCUAAGCUGGAGUAUAGAUCUAUAUACUUUGAAACUGAAUAUAUGGAACCAACUGUACAAUUCUUUCAACCUGCAUGGGUAGUGAAUUAUCCAUCUCCAGAUGUUAACUGGACCAGGAUAUCGGAAUACAAGCAUGCUCCAAACCAACCUCCAGGAGUUAAGGAGUAUCCGGGUACUGUAGUUUACAGGGAGUACUCAACAGAUGUAGGAGAUCCAUACUAUCCAGUUCCAAACAAGAGAAACCAAGAUCUUUUCCUUAAAUAUCAGGAACUUUCACUGAAAGAGAAAGGAGUGAAGUUUGUUGGAAGAUAUUUUGAUGAUCCAUGGCAACAUCUUCCCAAGAACGGAUAUACAGCUAUGUUUGAGAAUAUGCUUCUUAAAAAUGAUAAAAUUACAGUUCGGCUAAGCACAGACUAUUUCAAGUAA